GAAGAAGAAAGUAAUUAUCUGGAAAGCCCCGAUAUUGUCCUAAAAGAUGAACAUCAAACUUUCAAAUUUCAUAUAAUUAAAGAAGGCGUAUAUCCACCAAAGAAUAAACUUAAAUAUACUCGGCACCCUGCAAAGUAUCCUAUACUCCAUAAUUAUGUUGUUCGAACCAUGUAUUUAAAAAAAAAAUAUAUUGUUGAGUGCUUGAUAGUUUAUAUCGAUGAUAAACUAUUAUAUCAAAUAUACUUUGGAGAGUAUUUAGACAAGAUUGUAGAGUUAGAUCAGUUAACUACACAUGCUGCACGAUUAUAUUGUGAGGCUUUGGUUAAAGAUAUUCAAAACAAUGAACAAGUAGAAUCCAAAAGCAGACUCUCUGGACCUCUUCUUUUUGGCUUAUAUUGUAAAAGUGUAGAGGUAGUUCAUAAAACAGUAACAUCAAAUGAGUUAGUACGAAUGAAACUAUUUAAUAAUUAUAGCACCUCAGCACAGCACAAACAUAUAUUAGGUUUAGGAAAAUGGUUACUAGAAUUUGUAGAAGAAGAAAAAGAGAAUUUUUUUUAUCCAAAUGAUAGCAUUGUUCUUAAACAAGCAAAGUUUGAAAUCAGUGGUCAUACAUAUAAUAUCAAUUAUGGAAAAAUUGAUAAACAACAAAUAGAAUUACAAACACAAGCUAUUGUAAAGUUAAUUGAUCAUAAUCAAAUUUCUCAGAAAGCAUAUAGGUCUUUGGCUAGACUUGAUGAAAUGCUAAUUAGAGCUGGAGCAGUUUAUGAUAUGAGACAAGAAAUAACAAAUAGAGUAAAUGAAAAAAUUUCUAUUAGUUUAGUCAAUAUUAAUCAGCCAACCAGUUUUGAACCAAUUACUGAAGAGUCUGAUAUUACAGAUCCAAUUAUAGUUUCUAACGUCAUUGCAUCUAUCG